AUGUACAUACACGGAAAUACACACGCGCAGACACAUGUACAUACAUACACAGACACAUGUACACACAGACACAUGUACGUACAUGUACACACACACACACAGAAACAUGUACACACACAUACAUGUACAUACACGAAGACACAUGUACAGAUACACACAUACAUACACACAGACACAUGUACAUGGAUACACAGACACACACAAACACACACACAUGUACACACACACAUACCCCUAUAAAAAGUUGCAGUACUUCGUUGUUCACUCAUAGAGCCAGGUACUGCACUCUAGGGGGAGGCAGAGAGCACAGCACACACUCCUUCCUUUGCUUUCACUGCACUCAGCUAUUGAGCAGCCUGACGGCUCCCAGUGCCAUUGGCAGAUCGGGCCUGAGCUCCGAGCCUGCUCAGCAAGACGGCCCUGGGAGACACACUCGCCCCCACCAUAAUUUCCACUCGCCCUUGGUGAGCAGGCAAGUGGAAAUUUCAAGACCU